UAUAAUCUUUACAGAGAAAUGGACGAAGCGAGUGAGAAAGAUAAAGAAUUGAAGAAAAAGAAUGUUUCUCCCUCGGUUUCUCCCGAGGGUUCUUCUCUAGUUUCCCAAGUUACCAAUAAUGAACGACAAUGUAAUUUCUGGAAUAUACUAGAAAGGGAUAGCGGAGCAUACAUAUCCCCAACUAUUAAAAACAUUAUGCGUUUAAAUAACAUGGACAAUCCUCUUUCAUUUCGGAACAUUACGGAAGAUGUAUUAAAAGAAAUCGAAAUCUUUGCUCAAACUGUGAUGAUAUCUUUUAUCGAACCCAACUCCAAUAUGAGGGACUAUUUCGGAAUAUUUCACAACAUGCCUGAAAAAUUUCGUUUUAUGAUUGGAGACAGACAUCUAAUCUUGGAGCUGGUUAAAAUGGUUAAACAAGCACCGAAGGAUUAUUGGAAGUUACCAUCGACAGACUGCGAAGAAUUUGGAGAACCGUCUUGUAAAAAACGAGCACUUUCUAAACCCGAAGACAAGCACAUUUUAAAAUCCGAGAAAAAAUCUGAACUACAUGAAAAGAAGAAUCCUAAUAUCAGGGAAGAAAUUAAUAAAUUAACAAAGCUUGUUAAAUCUUUCAGUCAAGACGAAAAUCUAAAUAAAAAAUUGCGUAACUUGUUGAAAGGAUACGUACAGAUCGAAGUUUCAAUUAAGGAAAUUUAUGAUGGAGAAACUUACCCUCAAGGAUUUACAUAUGUUGCUGGAAUUACUUGUCCAUCGUGUUUAUUUGUGACCAAUAUCACAAAAUGUGGAACAACAAAAGGUAAAAGUUCCAGAUGUAUAAUUUCCAACUUUAAAAGACACAUUUUCCAACACCAGAAAUCUACUGAACUUACUGAAAAGCGAGACAAAUCCUCAAGUAAUGUUCUUCACUUGCUGCAAGCGUCCGCCAAAUCACCCGCUCUUCAAAAGGAAACAAACUACGAUUCUAACAGCAAUGUAAUUGGAGAUGUAAUUGCUGAAUACACCAUAGUGGAUGAUGAGUUGCUGCUUUCAGAAGUUUCUCCAAAGGAACCUGAAGCCUCAACUUCAACAUCGCAGUCAACUGUCAUCAAAAAAGGAUAAUAUACAAGAUGGAACGGCGACGGG